UAGACAAGAGAUAAGAUAAGAGGUAUCAAUGGAAAAGGAGAACAAAGGAAUAGUAUGUGUUACAGGAGGAGCAGGAUACUUUGCGGCAUGGCUCAUCAAGAGCCUCCUUGAACAUGGAUACACUGUUAGGACCACCGUCCGGUCUGACACCGGACAAGUUAGCCACCUGAAGUCCCUGCCAGAAGCAUCAGGGGAUAAGCUGCAAGUCUUCAUUGCAGAUCUCGAAAGACCAGAAAGUUUUGACGAUGUCAUUGAUGGAUGCAUUGGUGUAUUCCAUGUUGCUCAUCCUACGAUUGAUUUUACAAGAAAAAAUGAGGAGCCGCAAGACAAAAUGAUCAAUACCUCUGUGUUGGGAAGCAUAGGAGUUUUAAAGGCAUGCUUGAAAUCCAAAACGGUGAAAAAAGUUAUUUACACUUCUUUUGCAGUUGCGGCUCUCUUCAUUAGCAACAAGAAAGAUGUUGAAGAGAUUAACGAGAACAUGUGGUCCGAAGUUGAAACCUUACGAGAGAGCCGUAAAUGGUAUCCGCUAUCGAAGACACUGACAGAAAGGGCAAUGUUUCAAUUUGCAGAACAAUAUGGUUUAGAUCUUGUUAGUGUACUUCCUUCAAUGAUUGUCGGACGCUUUCUCACUUCCUCUCUUCCCUAUAGUUUGAAGAUCUCUCAAGCUUUGGUUUUGGGCAAUAAAGAACACUGCAACCUAUUGAGCACUAUCAAUAAUGCGGUACACAUAGACGACGCAGCAUCAGCGCAUAUAUUUCUUUUUGAAUGCCCAAAUGCAAAAGGGAGAUAUAUUUGCUCUUCAGCUGAUAUUACUAUCCAUGACAUUGCUAAAUUUAUGUCCACGAAAUAUCCAGAGCUUCAGUUACCAACUGAAUUAUUGGCAGAGACAGAAGAAGAAAAGCCAGUUCAUUUGGCGUCGGACAAGCUGUGGAUUCAGUUUCAAGUACAAUUUUGAGGAAAUGUACACUGAUGCAAUCCAGUGCUGCAAAGACAAGGGAUUCCUUUAAGAACAUCUUUAUCUACGUGUAUAAAUAAACAUCAAGAGGCAUAAACAAGCUCAUCUUAUUUUGUUAGAAUUUUCAUUCAUCACUUGCUAUCAUCAGUCAUAUUUGUAUGAGCAGAACUUCGUAUAUUCAGUGUCUUCGGAUUUUUUUAAUCUGAUCGAUACACUCAAACACGAAAUUAUA